AUGGCCGCCUUGGAGUUCCUACUAGAUCACCACGUUAACCCGGAUGUGAUUGAUGCUGCUGGGUUGCGGCCGGUAGAUUUUGGAGCCUUGGCAGGUCUAGUGGAGGUGGUCCGGAGGCUGCAUCGUCGGGAAGCAGACUUGUGUUACUCGAGUCUCGAUGGUCGUACACUUCUGCAUCACGCAGCAGCGAGUUCGGGCCCCGGGGCCAUCGAAGUGGUCGAGUAUUUGCUUCAUGAACCUGUCAUAGUGGAUGCAAUCGACAAGUUCGGGUGGACGCCUGUACACGUCGCAGUCAAUAGCGGAAACUUGUCGAUUGUUGAAAGACUGCUUGUGGAUGGAACGAACGUGAAUCAGCUUACUCGACUAGAUUACGCUGCAAAAAGAGAUACUAUCCAAACGUGGUCGCCGCUACACUUAGCAGUACGGGCCAACCAUAACGAAAUUGUCGACCUGCUCUUAUCUCAUUCGGAUAUUCAAGUGAAUGAUGGCCACACGCCACUUUUUGUUGCGUCACAAGUCCAAUCUGAGAACCUGGUGAAGGUAUUGCUGGAGAACGGGGCUCGAGUGGACUCAGUUACCUCAUGUGGUGACACUCCUCUCUCAAUCUGCUGCUCUGACAGCAUUCGCUCUGUUCUAGAGCUGUACAAAUCAAGUCAACAAUUCUACGACCGCUGUCUCGCAUUGUUGGAAAAACCAAGUGAUACCAUCUCAUGCAAUGAACUAACAGCUCUAGUUCCACUGAUCACGUCGGUCUACGAUUUGAGGAUGCUGUUGACGUUUGCGUCGAGGAUGGAGGACAUUUCUUCAGAGAGGUCAAGAUCUCAAGUGAGAGAGCUAAUUCAGAGUGCGGUCGAUCACAUUCUCUCCAACAAGCUGGUCCUAGACGAUCAUGCUUGCGUCUUCUUCCACCACGUACGCAAGCACUGUUCAAAGAUGAAUCUGGUAUCUCCCGAUCAGUGUAUGUUGUGGAAGCUCAAGGCUGACAAAGUCAACAUGGAGAGUGCUGGGUGGGUAGUCGAGCUGAAAAAACAAGUUCAUCGGAACAACUGGCGUCUGGAUAUCCACGAUCAGCACAUUUCGAUGAUAACAGAAAGUAUGAAGGAGAUCCAUUCCAUGGUGAUGGAGAACCGCCAAGUCAUUCAAGAGGUGACAAACUCGGUUAACAACGCUCCAAGAUCAAGUGACAAAACACACCAAAGUGAUCACUAA